AUGAUUACCUAUCUCAAACACAUUGAGCAGUUCUGGUCAUCUCUCGUCGGCGCCGAUACGGCUGCCAUGAAGAAAAUAGAUCAAGAUACUGUAGAUAACCUGCAGCUUUUGGCCCCCGGAAAGAGCCGCGCGGAUAAAAGUACCGCAUGUGGCCUUGUCCUGAGUGGCCGGGCAUUUUCAGACUUCAGUGAGACAGAGCGAAAGUCUAUCUGGAGCCGUCUGGAGGUCUUUGAUGGUCUGGUACCGUCGCUAUAUACCUUUUUCGAGGAUUUCAAAUAUCUGGAAAACUGCGCACAGUGCAUUAAGCGACUCUUCGGCCCCGUUAACGAGUCCAUAUGGAACACCAUGAAACAUAUGUUCCAUGGUUCACCAGACCUUGAAGAUGGUUGUCUCAUUCAGACGUCGGAGUGCACCGAGCGUCUUCAGCGCGCAGACAGUGCAGAACGCCUCGAUCUCGGCUACCGACAGGUUUGGCUCUUUGCCAUGCGGAACUAUACCCUCAUGCCAACUGAUCCGAAGAAUGAUGACGAUCUUUUGGCAAAGCCCAAUCGAGCCAUGGCAGACCCUCGUACGAUAUACGAUAUGGCAGACCUCGCGCGCCGCCUUGGAUUUCAUUCUUCGGAGAUCGAGAGUAUCUUGCAGGGGUCUCCUGACCGCCAGAUCGCCCGGGAUGCUCUUCUGCAGGCCCGGAAACCCCACCGCUUUCGAUAUGACGUGGGGGAAUUCAAUGCUCUUGUCGACCGGAUCGUUGAGUGCUUCUCAGCCGCUGUUCCUUAUGAGCCUGAGCGGAACCCUGAGCUUUUGGCGGAUAGCACCGUAAAGGCUCGAGCCCGAUGCGGGACGCCCCAAAAGCGGACGCAGAGGCAAGACAGCCUACAUCUGUUUAUAGACUAUCUUCAUAAGGACGAGAUCAUAAUUGCCGAUACAAUUACCACAUUUUUCGUCCGUCGCUGCGUCUAUUUUGCUUUUUUCGGGAAACCUUGCUCUCAUAGCGACCCUCACACGGAUCGCGAUGGUGACACGUUUUUCCAGGGUUCACCUGCGUUUUCGCCGUUAUUUAUAAGGGACGACAGCGCUGCCGCAGACCUGGAGGCCACUAGUCCCGCGAGACUAGUGGCGGAGCAACCUGAAUCCGAGCCGCGAGGAGCACCGGCAGGAAGAGGCCAACAGAACAUACGGGGGCGACAGCACCAGUCAGGAGUCCAUGAGAGAUUACGACGCCGGACACGCAAAAUGCGAAAGCGAAGACGCCAGACACAACUAGGGGGACAGAUUGCUGAGCCAUCAAUGGAGCUAGACUCCCUGAGCGUAGGGUCCACGAACGACGAGGUAAAGGAUAAUGACGGCUCGGAUCUGUGGAUCACCGAUGCAGGCACCCCUGAGCCAUCACCACCAGCCGUAGCCGUGGAUCUGAUGUCUAAGGCUACUACACCGGACUCUGAGCAUCUAGCACAUGAUCGGACUGAGCGUCAGGUGAGGUCAGAGCUGGCUGCAUCAUUAGAGCCGUCUGAUGAUGGUGUCUUUGAACAGGUCGCUGCACCAGGACCCGUUGAAAGAGACUCAGAUCCCUUUGAGUCGACCACUUCCAGUAUAGUUACCUCUGGUCAACCACUUGAAGCGGCAGAUUUGGAACAAAACCCGAGUAACCCAUCCCCCAAGCAACCGCGCAGGGCUGCUAGUGGUGAAAAUCUGACCCCAACUGAGCAGACCCCGCCAGAGCCAUAUAUGGAGGAAUAUAUCAAUAGGAUCCUACAGGCUCGGGAGGAGCAGGACCGGUUGGAGGAAGAGCUCGACCAGGAGCGGCUAGAGAGAGAACUUAAUUUCUCCUCAACUCAGCCCAAGGCAGCUCCGGAAUCAGUUACGCAAGACCAUUCCGGGUCUCCCAAACCUCAUGCGCCGACUUCACCGGCAUCGUCCAACUAUUCCCGACCGGAAUUUUACCAACCCGCUUUAGAACAGGACCCAGCAGUCUCUGUUGCUGAGGAUCCACCGGAGCCGGUAGCCGCUGUUCAGAACCCAGACCGAGGCACCGCGGAAGGCCACACUUCUGCGGCACGGCAGGAACGUCCCUUGACGGAACUUGAUGCUGAAAAUUUGAAGCCCCAAGUAGCACCCGGCACCACUAGUGCUCCCGGGGCACCAGAGGGUUCUGCUUCGCCCUCUCCGGAUGCCUCGACUAGCCCAGCCCCUUCCACAGUGGCAUCCAAGGAAGAGCCGCCGCCGGCCGACAUUGUUGAAAUCUCAUUUUGGUCAUUCGAACGAGGGGAAUGGCGGCAAACUAACCUUGUCCGCGUGGAUGUGUUAGAUCCUUCGCCGGUAGAACGGGUUGCGAAGAAAUACAUGCGGAAGAAAUAUUCGUUGUACGACGUAAACUUGCAGAGCCUGAGCCCUGCCGGAUGCUUUCGUGCCGCGAUUGCCGACGGGAUUAAUAGGAUAUUCGUGAUCUCUGAGCAUGAGGAAAGUAAAUUGGUAGCCGACGGGCAACUCAUCAAGGACCGGCGGCUUCUGUACUCCGUUUCGAAACUGCUGGACCAGGACCAAUCGGGGUCAGAACGACAAACCAAGAUCUGUCGUCCGCGAAAGCCCGAGUAA